CGCCCGGCGGCAGUUAUCCACUCACUAUCAGACUUCUGCUCCGAUCGAACAGUCUACAAGUUUUUCAUUCAUCAGUGUGAAUUGGAAAGUAAAAAAUUCGCAUGCUGUAAAAAAAAUAUGGCAAUAAAAAGUGACAUGUAUGUUGGUUUUGCUUCAGCCUUAAUAUUCUCUGGAAUGAUGACGUUCUGGUACAUGUAUUUCCAACCGACGAGUUCUCGCGUCUCUUCUCUCCGUUCAGUUUCUAAUAAAGGUAUCACAUUGCGUACAGCAGCGAGAAUCAGGAAUUCGACAAUUCAACAAGUGACCUGGAUUGAGAAACCAACGACGCCCGAUUUUCGCCUGGAAAACAAAUGUACCCCGAAGGACCUUUUCAAACUAGGAAAACCGGGAUUUUUCGAGAAUUUACCGAAUGAAUUUCUCCCGGGUUAUAAAGGCCCGUGUUUUAUGAUUAAAAAAGGAGACAGGGAGGUGCUGCGCUGCCUGCCUCAUUUCUAUGUUAUCGGAGUUACGAAGUGUGGAACCACUGAAAUGUGGGCUAAACUGAGGUUACACCCUCAAGUCUCCGUGUCUGGUGUUGUCAAGGAAUCCGAUUGGUGGUCGUGCAAGAGAACCCGUUCAGUGCCUUUCUCAACUUACCUGGAUUCAAGAUCAGCGAAUAUGGUAGAACGGUUUCAACAAAAUGACUCCCUGAGAAAUUGGCUUGUUACAGCGGAUGGAUCUCCGACAACUAUCUAUGAAUUUGAUAACUGGAGAAGGUUCUACGGCAACAAUUAUGAUGGUCCGAAAUGUACUGCAGCGGACGUUCUUUUUGCGGCACACCCAACGGCAAAGCUCAUCGUAACAAUUCGAGACCCGGUCUCAAGAUUGUAUUCUCAUUAUUGUCACUUCUAUAAUAACAAAGGAUCUCCCCAACAAUUUCAUGAAGGCGUACUUGCGGAAAUUAAAAUAUAUAAAACAUGUCGGACAAAGCUGAGUGCACGUGCAUGUUCUUACGCGAGAAAUGAUCGUGAAUUUGUGCCACUACAUAUCGGACUAUAUCAUGUUUUCAUUCGAGACUGGUUGAAGGUAUUUCCACGCGAACAGCUGCACAUUCAUCGACUUGAUAGUUGGAAAGAAAAUUGCACAAAGGUCUAUUCUGAAAUAUUGAAGUUUUUAGAGCUUGAUAGCCUACCAGUCGAAACAUUAAGGAAUAUUUGUUCUCAUGAGAUUGCAAAUUCAGGAGCUCGUAGGAAGGAGAAGGUAGGCCCUAUGAUGAAUGAAACACGACAACUGCUUCUAGAUUUUUAUGCAGAACCAAACAAGGAACUCAGCAAAUUGCUAGGUGAUGAUCGUUAUAUGUGGAAAUAAGAUGAUGAUUAAAAUUUACGUCGAUUGAUAUCUCAAUUCAAUUAAAUUCAAUUUCAAUUUAUUAUAAACAGUGAUAAAUAAAACGAGUUCAGUGCUGUAGUGAGGAGACUAAUCAAUGCAGUGAAUAAUGCAAUCUUUACGUUAAAUUAUUGCUUAUAUAUUCAUUGUACUGCGUAGAUUUUUUUUAAUGGUUGGCUAAGCCCUUUUUACUAGUAUAAUAUUCUGAUUGUGAUAAUUGAAACAAGCUAAAGAUUGCAAUUACAGGAAUUGUACAAGUUUCAUCUCAGAAUAAAAAAAUGCUUUAUUUGCAUUUACAAAUAGAGAGCGGUAAUAAAUUUAUUGUAGUAGAAUUAAGCAUAUUAUUGUUUUUUUUUCUGCAUUCAUAACAUUUAUGAUGUAGAAUUUUCUUAUGAUGUAGAAUUUUUGUAAAUUGAGCUUUUUUAUUUGAUUUUGAUUGUAUUUUUAUGUAAAUGAUUGUAAAGGGUUAUGCAAUUCGGCUUUUCAGCCACUAUAGAUACCCUUGUUGAAAUAGACCGUUUUGAAUGAAUAGAUAAAUAAAUAAAUAAAUAAUACAUUUUUCAUCACAAGCAGUGGCGUACCCAGGAUUUUUCACAGGGGGGGCAAAUUCGUCCGCCCAAAAAUUUGACAAGCAAAAAAAAAAAAAGGUCUUCAACCACAAAUAAAGGAUUUCGUACCAGAACAAAUUUUGACAAGCCAAAAAAAAAAAGGUCUUCAAGACUCGUCAGAGGGGACAGGGAUAUGUCCCUUGCAUGGGUUGUGACUCGUCAGGGGGGGCAGUCUGCCCCCUCUGCCCCCCCCCCGUAGGUACGCUAGUGAUCACAAGCAUAAUAUAUUGGUUAGUAAUAGUUACUGCUUGUUUUUUUUGCAUGUAUCAUACAAAAAACGAAAUAAAUGAAAUGUUAUUCUAAACAAAUGUGAUCAACUAAAAAUUUGAACAGUCAAAAUUUGCAAGAGAAGGGUUGUCAUUAUAUUAAGCAGAUUGAUUGAAAAAAUGACAACCCCUGAUUAAAAGUCAUUAAAUUAAUU